UGUGAAUAUUUAAAAUUUAAAAAGUUAUCUCAGAAGUGAUUCAGUUUUAGCUACAGUUUUGUUAUUUGUUGUUUCAAUUAUUACAUUUAGUCAUAAUAAUAGUCUAAAUAAAAUGUGGAAUAAUGAUUUCAUCGUUAAAAAAUCCCUAUUGAACUUUAUAAACAUCUGUCUAGAAAAGUUUUUGAUCAAUGAGAAUUUAAAAUUCAACAAAGAAAUUUAUAUUUUUAUAUUUAAAUCAUGGACACAGUCAUCACCAAUCCGUAUCCUGAAUUCAGUGAGGAAAUCAAGAAUAAAUGGCUUCAGGAUGGUUACAUAACACCUGAAUUGGAUUAUGAAGUGUGCAAGGUGAUAGAGAAGAUGUAUUGCAAAUUGGUACAAUUAGUACCACUGUACAAUGAGCAAAGCGACUACACUAUUUAUAGCGGUUAUGGGGGGACUGCUUUUUUAAGCUAUAAAAUGUUCAAAAAAUAUGGUGACGAAAAGUAUUUUGAGGUGGCAAAAUAUUUGACUAAUUUGGCGCUCAUGAAUUUAAAAAAUGAAUGUAUCAGCUUCUUGAAAGGAGAUGCGGGGCCGUUGGCACUUGGAAUUCUAAUAAAUAUGAUAGAUGAAGACUAUGAGAAAGCCGAUCAGUUAAUUGGAGAUUUGAUAGAAUUAGGUGAUGCUGAUGAAAACAAUCCUUUUAUGGUCGUACAUAAUGACAUAUUAAGCGGAAGGGCAGGGUAUUUGUAUGCACUCAUAUUCGUUGAUCAGCAAUUGGAUGAACCUGUCAUCCCAGAAAUGUUUUUGAGAAAGCAAGUCGAACAAAUUCUUAUUUCUGGGUUUAGAUUGGCGAAACGGGAAGCAUCACUUAUUCCAUUGGAAUAUGAAUUCUGCGGUCUCAAAUUUCUCGGCGCAGCACAUGGCAUUGCUGGCACUUUAUAUAUGCUCCUCAUAGCUAACCGGUAUUUAACAGACUAUGAACUGAACUGCAUUAUACGCCCUACGCUGAAUUCUCUUUUUGCAGCUAGACUGCAUAGCCAGAAUUUUGCAAUGUUUGCAGCAGAAGAGGAAGACGAACUUGUACAGUGGUGUCACGGAGCCCCUGGUAUGAUUCAUCUAGCUGUACUGGCUAGCAUGGUCUACUUCUGCCCAAGUUAUUAUAAAAUGGCAUUGGAUUUUAGCAGUAUGAUUUGGAAGAGAGGUUUAUUGAAAAAGGGUUAUUCAAUUUGCCAUGGAGUUGCCGGAAAUGCUUAUAUAUUUUUAUAUUUGUACAAGAAAACACAGUUAGAAGUAUUUCUGUACAAAGCAGCGUGUUUUGGAGAUUAUUGUUUGAACUAUCCAGUCUAUGAAGGAAUGAAACCAGAUUGGCCUUAUUCUUUAUUCCAAGGUAUGGCUGGAAUAAUACACUUUUUGAUGGAUUUGAGGGAUCCGAUAAGUUCAUGUUUUCCGUGUUAUGAAUUGGAUGUGUCCAAGUGAUUGUUCACUCUACAAUAAAAAUAAUGUACAUUGGCACAAGAA